AUGGUCAAAGAUAUAGAGCCAUACAUCUCGAAUAGAGCUCUUGGGUUUGUAUUGAAAUUGGAAAACAAUUGUCCUAUAAGAGAACAACUAAGAUCAUUUUUUGAGAAGUUAAAGGAUCUCUUGAAGUUGGAAUCGUCUGUUACGCCGCUGAUCGAGAACAAUGAAUCCGAUGCAUUCAAAUUUGAUCUAAAAUCAAAAUCCGAAAAUCUCUUGCAAACGAUGUUUAUGAUUGGGAGAGGACUGUUGAGUUCAAGUGUAAGAAAGGAGAUAUUUGAAGUGAUGAAAUCCCUCACUGAAUUACAUGCUGCAAUUGGUAGAGUUAUUAUAGAGAAACAUAUAAAAGGUGACGAUGAAUCAAUGUCUCUUUCGGUGGAACAAAAGAAUGCGGUAGAAAACUCGAUAACUGAAUGGGAACAAACGAUUACCCGAAUCGUGAAGAUUGUUGUAGAAGUUAAAUCAAAAGGUUCAACUGAGCAUACAGUGCAAGAAAGCAAUACUUCUGAACACAACAAUGUUUCAAUGGAUAGUAACAUGGUGGAGACCAAUGGAGAAGAUUCAGAAUCCACUCAAGAAAAAGCAUAUGGCAUUAAAGGAAGUUAUGGAGGCGAUGUAUCAAUGGAGACUCAAGAAGGCAAUAAGGGAGAAUAUGUUAAAGAAGGUAAUCUUGUUUCUAAUAAUGACGAAACAAAAGACAUUAAAGGUGAAAAUGCAGACUCUAAUAUUGAGAACGAAAUAGAGGGACAAGGUAAAAAUUUGGGUGACUCGACCAAUUAUAAGAAUUUGGAAACUAAAGAAGAUGUCAAGUCUGAGGUAGAGGCUAAAAAUGAUGGAAGUUCCAUGACAGAAAAGUUGGAAGAAGCUAAAAAAAAUAAUGGAGGUUCAACAAUGGAUAUGAAUUUGGAGGACAAAGGAAGUGGGGAAGAGGCUAAAGAUAAUAAAAUGGUAAAUGCUACAACAAAUGAUGAAGAUCAAAAGAUUGAAGAGACUCAAGAAAACAAUGGAGAAUUAGAGAAGGAUAAGAACUUGGAAAACAACAUAGGUAAUAAAAUUCUAAAGGGAAAUGGAUCAACAGAGAAAAACACAACUAAUAAAAUUUCUAUGGAAGAAAAGCGAGAAGAGACUCAAAGAAGUCAUGAAAUCUAUGGAAAAAAGCGAGAAGAGACUCAAAGAAGUCAUGAAAUUUAUAUGAACAAAGAAACAACCAAAGAUAAAAAUAGAGAUUUGAACAAAGAGAAGGGAACAAAUGUUCAAGGAGAAAGUAUUGGAGACUUGUCAAAGGGUACAAUUUCGAAUGACAAUAAAAAUGUUAAAUCAGAGGUAAAUUCUAAUGGUACAUAUGAGAAGUAUCAAGAGGCUCAAGGAAAUGAUGGAGUUUCAACAAAAGAUAAAAACCUAGGAGCUGAUGGGGAGAAAAAAUAUGAUAAAUCGGUAGAGGUUAUGAAAAAUGGAGACUAUACAAAAAAACAAAGGGGAGAGAAUCAAGAAAACAAUGGAGGAUCAAUGAAAAACGAGAACUUAGAAAACAAAGAAGAUAAGAAAGAAUCAAUAGACGAUCAAUCAAUAGAGGCAAAGACAAAUAAUGAAACAUCUAAGGAAGAAAAAGGUGAACAUACGCAAGGAGGUCAUGAUAUUUCCAUGAAUGGUAAGAUAAUGGAGAACAAAAGUGGAAAUGCAUAUUCUAACAAGGAGAAGGAAGUACAUGUUGGAGACUCAACUAAUGGCAACAAAAUGGAGAGUAAAGAUGACGCUAAGUUGGAGGUUGAGUUAAAAAAAAAUGAUGGAGGUUCGAGGAAGGAGAAGGGAGAAGAGGGACAAGGGAAAAACGAAGGUUCACUGGAAAAUAAGAACUUAAAGACCCAUGUAAGUCAAACUGAAUUAAAGGAUGAUAAGUCUGUUGCAGAUAAGGAAAAUUUGAGAAGUUCUAUGAAAGAAAAUCAAGAAGAAGCGGAAAGAAAUGAGAGAGAUAAGAAAGAAGCUAACGAUGAUAAGUCAGUAGAAAUUAAGGGAAAGAAAAAGGAGUCAAUAAAGACUAAUGAAAAUAAGACAAAUCAUAGAAAAGAUUUUGUUCACGGAAACAAGAAAGAGUCCAAGAUGGUAGAAACCGGAGAAAAGAAAGAAUCUAAUGAAGCAAAUUUAGUGGAAGCUAAGGAAAAUAAAGAAAUUUCUAUGGAAGAAAACCGAGAAAAGAGUCAAGGAAGUAGUAGUGGAGGCCUUAGUAAAGAAGAUAACAAAGAAGAAAAGAAAGAGUCAAAGAACUAUCAAUCAGGCAAAAAAAAUGCAAAUAAAGAAAAACAAGAAAGUGCUCAAGAAAAUACUAGAGUGCAUACAAAGAUAGAUAAUAAAAAAGAUAGUAAAGAUUUAAAGGAUAAUAAAUCAGUGGAGGCAAAAGCAAAUAAAGAAAUUUUCGUGAAGAAAAAACAAGAGCAAGCUCAAAGAAAUGACAUAGGUUCAACAAAAGUAAAGGGUAUCAGUUCUGAAGAUGCAAGGUUAAAAAAGAAUACAAAAGAAGAUAAAGGUUCUAGUAAUGACAUAGAUAUAAAUGUUAAAAAAAGAAGUAGAGAGUCAACGCAACACAAGAAAGAAAAACAAGGAGGAUUUCAGUCAAAUGCAGAAUACUCGAUGAAAGAAAAGGAAGACAAGGAAGAAUCUAAGGAUUUAGAGUCAAGAGAAACAGAAAAACAAGAGAAUAAUCAUGGGCAAGAAAAGAAAGUUGGGGUUCAAGUUAGUACCAAAAAUUCUAAAAAGAAUAAAAAGAAGACGAAAGAAGAUGACAAAGUGUCUAAACAUGGUAAAUCAGAAAAUUAUGAGAAAAAAAUGGAAGCAACAACUCAAAAAGAUAAUAAGAAAGCUAAGAACGAAAUGCAAGCAGAUGAUCAAGUAAAGAGUGAAGAAUCUUUGGAAUAUAAGAAAGGAAAGAGUAAAAAAGAUAAUGAAGACAAAGUGGGUAAAGAAAAAAAUGAACAUUUUGAAAAGAAAUCUGGAAAGAUCAUCGAAGAUAAGAAGACAUUAGACAAAAAGAUAGAAGAUACAAAAUCAAAGAAAAAGCAAGAAGAUAGUAAAGCUUCCUCGAUGAAAAAACAUGAAGGGGUUCAAGAAGCCAAUGUGGAAUCAAAUAUUAGUGAGAAGAAAUAUCAAAAUGAGUCUAGUGAUGAUACGUCUAAAGUAAAUGAUGAAGCCUUAAUGAAGCAAAAACAAAUUGAUGAGGGUCACACAAAUAUUGAAAAAUCGAAGGGGAAAACUAAAGAAACUAACAGAGAUUUAGUAAAUGGUACAAGUAUAAAGGUUAGAGGAGAAAACAAAGAGUCCAGAGAUGGUAAAACAAUUGAAUCUAAUCAAAGUAAGAACAAUGAUGGUAAGAAAGUUGAAAUCAAAGGAGGUAAAGAAAGUCCUCUAAAAGAAGGCUCCAAAGACAUCAUUAGAGGUAAGGAAGAAAAUUCCAAAGUUGAUAAGAAGAAUGAACAUAACAAAACUAAAAGAGAUUUUAAUGAAAGAGGUUCUAAAGAUGGUAAUACAACUGAAUUCAAUGAAGGUAAAGAAGAUUCCAUGAAUAAAGAUUCUGAAAAUGGAAAGUUAGUUGAGACAAGUGGAGACAAGAAUCACAAAGAAGAAGGUUCUAUAGAUGAUAAGACAACGAACAUCAAUGGAAAGAAAAAAGAUAACAUAGUUGAAAUAAGUAGAGAUACAAAUUCCACAUACGAAAGUUCUAAAGGUGGUAGUACAGUGGAAACCAAUGGAGGUAAAUAUGUUUCAAUGGAAAAUUUUUUUAAAGCUAAUCAUACAGAUGAUGAAGGUCAAAAAGACUAUAAGACAAAUGAAACUAAUGGAGGUAAAGAAGUAACUAUGGAAGAAGGUUCUAAAGAUGAAAAAAAAUUUAAAGCAAAUGGAGGUAAAGAAGAUUCAAUGGAGGAAAAAUCUAAGGAUGGUAUGACAACAAAUUUAAAUGGAGGUACAAAUUCGACGGAAAAUACAUCUAAAGAUAGUAAGAUAGUUGAUACCAAUGAUGUUAAAGAAGAUUCUGAAAAUGGUAACAUAAAUGAAGCCAAUGAUAAUAACAUAGCUGGAACAAGUGGAGAGAAAAAAAAUUCCAUAAAAGAAAAUUCUGAAGAUGCUAAGAGAGCUGAAACCAAUGGAGGUAAAAAUGUUUCAGUAGAAGAAAAUUCUAAAGAUGGUAAUAUAAAUGAAGUGCAUAAAGGUCAAGAAGACUCUACAAAUAAAGGUUUCAAAGAAAGUAAGUCAGAUGAAAUUACUGGAGGUAAACAAGUAACUAUGGAAGAAGGUUCUAAUGAUGAUAAAACAACUGAAAUAAUUGGAGGUAAAAACAAAUCAAUGGAGGAAAAAUCUAAGGAUAGUGAGACAGAAAGUUUAAAUGGAGCUACAAAUUCGACGGUAGAUGGUUCUGCAGAUGGUAAGAUAGUUGAAGCCAAUGGAGUGAAAGAAGAUUCUAAAAAUGGUAACAUAAAUGAAACAAGCGGUACAUCAAAGGAAUCUAAAGGAGAUAAAGUAGAUAUCAAUGGAGGUUCUAUAGAAAAUAAGACAAUUGAAGCUCAAGAAAGUAGUAAUGGAGAUUCAAUGAAUGGCGUAGAAGAGGAGAAUAAAGAAAAUAAUGAUGGAGGAAGCAAUACAAAGUUUAUGAAUAAUCAAACAAUAGAACAUGGCGUAAAUUCCACAACAAAACAAGAACUAAGGACAGAUAUCGAGACCAAUACUUCUAAAGAGGUUACAAAUUUCAUAUCAAACCUUGAGAAGAAAUCUCCAGGUACCCAAGAGUACCAAAGUUUCUUUCAGAAACUUAAAGAUUACAUGAAAUACUUGUGUCCAGUCUCUUCAACAUUAAAAGCAAAAGACUCAAGCUCUUACAUGUCUGAGAUGGUAAAUAUGGCCACAAAACUCUCAGAUGCUAUGGCUGUCUUGCAAGCCAAGAAAAGUGGGUCAGGACAGAUGAAAACAACACUACAAGGAUAUCAACAAGAAGUGAUGAAGACUCUAAACAUCUUGCAAUCAGUUAUGACCAAAGCCAUAUCUGAAAAACAAACUACGAGCGAUGAUUCGUUCACGCUUACACUAUCACAACAAGAAGCAAUCAAGGAGAUAGUGUUGAAAUGGGAACAAGUUAUGUCUCAAUUUGUGAAAGUUGCUACAGAGAGUGAGAAACAAUUUUCAGUCGAGAUUUCAACCGGAAAUGGCUAUCACAUGAAGAAGAGUUCUAACUCUAGUUCGAGCUCAAGUUCGAUUUCGAGUUCAACUUCAAGUUCAAAUUUGGAUUUCAAGGUCAACGGUGAAACUUUGAAGGGACUGGAUAUGGAUGGUUAG